UGCAUACUUGUUCCUUGAACACCUGACUGUAGAGUCACUAGCAAUGGAGCGGUGGACUGAGAUCCUAGUCUACAUUGAGGGUGCAGCUGUACAAAAAGCCUGGGGUCAACCAGGCAGUUAACAAGCUAGGGUCAGCACGUGAAGGUGUUCAGGGUGGUAGAGGGGAAGCAGAGGCCUGUAAGUUUCAUGUUGGGCGAGGUGGGGAGUAGCUGAAGAAGGCAUGGCUGUGUUGGAGUUGUGUAACUGUAUCGCUGGCAGCCCUGACUUCAUUGGUUACAGAGACAAGUCACCUGGAGAGGCCAGGCAGAAGAAACAGGCCCCUUCUUUUCCCUCAGUGUCUUCUAGAGGCAAUAUGUCAGAGGGGGUGGGCACAUUCCGCAUGGUCCCUGAAGAGCAGCAGGAGCUCCGGGCACAGCUGGAGCAGCUCACAACCAAGGACCAUGGACCUGUCUUUGGCCCAUGCAGCCAGAUGCCCCACCACACUUUGCAGAAGGCCAAGGACGAGCUGAAUGAGCAGGAGGAGACCCGGGAAGAUGCUGUCAGAGAACUACAGGAGCUGGUGCAGGCAGAGGCAGCUUCUGGGGAGGAGCUGGCCCUGGCGGUGGCUGAGAGGGUACAAGCAAGGGACAGUGCCUUCCUUCUGCGCUUCAUUCGUGCCCGCAAGUUCAACAUGGGCCGUGCCUAUGAGCUGCUCAAAGGCUAUGUGCACUUCCGGCUCCAGUACCCUGAACUCUUCGAUGGCUUGUGUCUGGAGGCUGUCCGCUGCACCAUUGAGGCUGGUUACCCUGGUGUCCUUUCCAGUAGGGACAAGUAUGGCCGAGUGGUCAUGGUCUUCAACAUUGAGAACUGGCACUGUGAAGAAAUCACCUUUCAUGAGAUCUUGCAGGCUUAUUGCUUCAUCCUGGAGAAACUGCUGGAGAAUGAGGAAACUCAAAUUAAUGGCUUCUGUAUCAUUGAGAACUUUAAGGGCUUCACCAUGCAGCAGGCAGCAGGACUCCGUGCCUCGGAUCUCAGGAAGAUGGUGGACAUGCUCCAGGAUUCCUUCCCAGCCAGAUUCAAAGCCAUCCACUUCAUUCAUCAGCCAUGGUAUUUCACCACCACCUAUAAUGUGGUCAAGCCCUUCCUGAAGAGCAAGCUGCUACAGAGGGUCUUUGUCCAUGGAGAUGACCUCACUGGCUUCUUUCAGGAGAUCGAUGAGAGCAUCCUACCUGCUGACUUUGGGGGCACGCUGCCCAAGUAUGAUGGCAAGGUUGUUGCUGAGCAUCUCUUUGGCCCCCGGGCUGAGGAUGAGAACACAGCCUUAUAAGGACAUGCUCUGCCCUCUGAUCUGUACUUAAAAUCCUAGUCCUUUCUUAGCUGUUCUGGACCCAAGUCUGGGAAAAGGCUGCCUAAGGUGACCGUGGUUUUCCUGAACCUCCUUAGGUUUAGGGGAGCUCAGGGGUCACCUCAUUUCAAACUGGUGGUAGAGGAUAGAAGCAGGGGAAUUCCUUUAAACAAGAAACUUGGGGGCUGUUCUAUUCCCACUUGCCUCUGAAGCUGUAGGGCAGUGACUGUGAGAAGCUGAAUUUCAAAGACGAAUUAGGUUUCUCCAUGAUCUCCUUUGUUACUUUGAUACUUUGGGUCUGAAUGGCUGAGUUAAAACCUCUCCCCCAAUUCAAUAAAAAGAUGAACCAAGA